AUGCUACCGUACCUCUUCCCUGACCUAGCUGCCUUUCCCACAGUCACUGACCUCAUUACGCACCUCCGCACUAGUGACACUCGCUACCGCGCUGCGCUUCCUGCUGAUCGGUCGGCGCUGCGUCUGCCUCGAGCAGGAGACGCCGCACCGGCAAGGGCAAGAAGGGCAAGGGCGCUUGAGGGGCUGGCGAGGGCGGUGGAGGUGGCGGUGGCGGCAAUGGAGGGGGUGGGGGUGGUGGUGGGAGUGGUGGCCGGGGUGGAGGUGUCGGUGGCGGCAGUGGAGGCGGAGGCGGAGGCGGCGGUGGCGGUGGGGGCGGAGGUGGCGGAGGUGGCGGCGGUGGAGGAGGCGGCGGAGCUGGUCGCGGUGGCGCUGCGCAGAGGGUCGGCUCCGGUGGUGGGUGGGGGUACUGGUCCGUGCACCUACAUCCUACGCACCGGCGACCGCGCGGGUGAGCAGUGCGGGGGUGCGCACCCCACCCAGCGCUGCUUUGGCCGCCUGACGGACGCUUGGCGUCACCAAUUCCCUGAGGCCACUGAGAUCCCUCGCUGUAGCGAGCUGUCUAGGGUGGGAGUAGCUAUCUUUGACCUUGACUUUGAUGCUAUUCUUGCAACCAUGUAUACUGUGACUAAUAGUGAUGAGGGUGACUCUUACCGGUGUUUUCCGCCCGACCCGGGCACUGAGACUGCUGCUCUAGGUACUGGUGAGGCUGUUGCUCUAGGUGCUAGCGAGGCUGUUGCUCUAGGUGCUAGUGCGUAUGCUUCCUCAGGUGCUGGUGAGUCUGCUCUCACAGGUACCGCGUCGGCUUCGGCCUCCCACACCUUCACCCUUGACUCGGGGGCUUCUCGCUCCUUCUUUCGAGACCGUACCAAACUCACGCCGCUUGGUCGGCCAGUUGCAGUCUCUCUAGCAGACCCCUCUGGGGGUCCUGUCCUUGCUCACUUCUCCACUGUCCUCCCGUGUCCGGCGGCCCCCUCUGGCACCCUGUCUGGUCUUUACCUCCCCUCGUUCUCUACGAACUUGGUGAGUGGUGCUGACCUACAGGAUGCGGGGGUUCACCAGUUCACUCCUGCGAGUCAGCGGGUGACCCACUGCACGGACGCUCGGACAGGCCGACACGGCCACGUAGCUGCGUCAAGUCAGGUGUUUGCUACAGCGUCCAGGUCUGGUCCUGAGUCUGCCCCCUGCUCGUGUCGCCUCCUGUCUCACGAGACUCUCCUCUGGCACCACCGCCUUGGUCACCCCUCCCUGCUUCGUCUCCGAUGCAUGGCCUCCCGUGUCCUUGUCUCUGGUCUUCCCCGGUCCCUCCCUCCCCUUCCCCCGGGGCCUGCCCCUGCCUGCACGCUUCACAUGGACGUGUGGGGCCCAGCCCGCGUCCAUGGACAGGGUCACGAGCGCUACUUCCUGCUGGUGGUUGACGACUACUCGCGUUACACCACAGUCUUCCCCUUGCGCAGCAAGGGUGAUGUCACUGAGCAAAAUGGGAUUGCUGAGCGCCGCAUUGGCAUGGUCAUGGACGUCGCUCGUACGUCCAUGAUGCAUGCGGCUGCCCCCCAUUUUCUGUGGCCGUUUGCGGUUCGGUACGCGGCGCAUCAGAUCAACCUUCACCCCAGGGUCUCCAUGCCGGAGACCUCCCCAGCCUUGCUGUGGACGGGGAAGGUCGGCGAUGCGUCUGCGUUCCGUGUCUGGGGAUCUAGGGCGUUUGUCCGCGACUUGUCUGCGGACAAGCUCUCCCCUCGUGCUGCUCCUUGUGUCUUCCUUGGCUUCCCCCCUGACGCCCCUGGGUGGCAAUUCUACCACCCCACCUCUCAUCGUGUUCUGUCCUCCCAGGACGUCACGUUCUACGAGUCAGUCCCCUACUACCGCCUCUUCCCCUACCACACUCCUCCCCUCCCCCCGCCACCGCACUUCCUUUUGCCAGGUCCCCCCCCGGUAGACCCCCUCCCCCCUCACGGUCCUGCCCCUUCAGGUGUGUCCCAGGUAGACGCAGUCAAGCCGGUCGAGGUUGCUGGUGACUCUGGUAAUGCUACGGGUGCUGAGCUUGGGGGUGCUGACUCUGGAAGUGCUGCGCGCAUGGGUACUGAGCCUGGGGGUGCUGAGUCUGGGGGUGCUACGACUGGGGGUGCUGAGCCUGGGGGUGCUACGACUGGGGGUGCUGAGCCUGGGGGUACUGCGACUGGGGGUGCUGAGCCCGGGGGUACUACGACUAGGGGUGCUGAGCCUGGGGGUGCUACGUCAGGAAUGCUGAGCCUGGGGGUGUUGCAUCUGGAGCUACUGAGCCUGGUGGUGCGGAGCCAGCGGCCGCUGGACCUGCUCGUGUGGCGUCUGGCGGUGCUGGGCCUGGAGGUUCUCCGGAUGCUUCCUGGAGCUGCUGAGGGUGUUGGCGCUAAGGCUACUGCUGUUAGUCCUCGCGGUGGUCCUGCUUCGGGUGCUGCUGGUACUGCUGGAGGUCCUGCAGCUGGAGGUGUUGUUGGCGCUGGUGCUGCCGCUGAGGGUGUUGGUGCUGUCCUUGCUGUGUCUGGAGUCACCGCGCGGCCUCGGCCGUACUUCGUUCCGCUCCUUCAGCAGGUUCUUGGUCUCCCACCUUCUACUAGUCCUCCUCCUCCCUUCAAGUGUCGACAGCCUAUGCAGUCACAGUCACAGUUCCCGCCCGCCUCCCCACUGCCUGCUCCCUCUCCUUACACUGGUCCUACUGGAGGUCUUGCUGAGCGUCGUGAGCCUGCGUCUUGUCCCGCGUCGCCUGUUCGUGCUGCUCGCGCUAGUGGUCGCGGUUCGCGUCAGCGUCCUCCUCGUGUCCCUGGCACACACCGGAUGUCUCUGCGUCCGUCCACUGCUCCUCUGCGUGUCCCUUUGCCUUCUCCUCCUGAGUCCUCUCUUCCUGCGCUUGCCGAAAUGGAGUCGGACUCUCUUCGUGCUGCUAGUCCUACCGUCACGCGUCUCCUGGCUACUGUCGUCGUUGACCCCUCUUUUGAGUCCACUUCUGCGUCUGCUCUUGUUGCUGAGCUCGUCGACUUUGCUGCUCGCUGUCAUCUAGACUACGUUGCUAGUCUUGUUGCUGAGUCUACGUCUAUCUGUCCUCCGUCCGUCGGGGGUGAGUGUGCUCUUGGCACGGACGUCUUUGAGGACAGGCAAGAGGAGUUACAGUGUCUGGCUGCUGCUUCACCUCAUCUCGCGUCCGUACUGCUUACCCCUGAGGGAGACCCGGAUGCACUAGACAUCCCGACUCCGCUCUCUUACGCGGAGGCCGUAGAGGGUCCCUACUCCUCUCAGUGGCAGGCAGCUAUGGAUGCAGAGAUGGCUUCCUGGAAGUCCACAGGCACCUACGUUGACGCGGUUCCUCCUCCUGGGGCGAACAUCGUCAGUGGCAUGUGGAUUUUCAGGGUGAAGCGCCCGCCGGGCUCUCCACCUGUCUUCAAGGCGCGGUACGUGGCUCGUGGCUUCAGUCAGCGGCAGGGAGUUGACAACUUUCAGACCUUCUCUCCCACCCUGAAGAUGACAACUCCUCGGGUGCUACUACACAUAGCCGCUCAGCGUGACUACGAGCUUCACUCCCUUGACUUCAGCACUGCUUUCCUGCAGGGUAGCCUGCACGAGGAGAUCUGGCUGCGCCGUCCACCUGACUUCACCGGGACUUUCCCUCCUGGCACCCAGUGGAGCCUCCGACGGCCAGUCUACGGUCUCCGCCAGGCACCGCGCGAGUGGCACGACACACUGAGGACUACGCUUGCGGCUCUUGGGUUUGCUCCCUCUAAUGCUGACCCGUCAUUGUUUCUGCGCACCGACACCUCUCUACCGCCGUUCUACAUCCUCGUGUACGUCGACGACUCGGUCUUCGCCACAGCUAACACUGCUGGACUCGCCCACGUGAAGUCCGAGCUGCAGAAGAGACACACGUGCACAGACCUGGGUGAACUGCGCAGCUACCUUGGCUUGCAGAUCACCCGGGACAGAGCACGCCGCACCAUUACCUUGACUCAGUCACACAUGGUGCAGCAGGUCCUUCAGCGCUUCGGCUUCACGUACUCCUCGCCUCAGGCCACUCCUCUGUCUACUCGCCACUCGCUCUCAGCUCUGCCUUCGGAUGAGUCCGUAGAGUCGAGUGGCCCGUACCCAGAGCUUGUUGGCUGCCUCAUGUACCUGAUGACCUGCACACGACCUGACCUUGCAUACCCUCUUAGCAUUCUUGCACGCUAUGUUGCUCCUAGGAGACACAGACCAGAGCACAUGGCUGCAGCGAAGAGGGUGUUGCGCUACUUGUGCAGUACGUCGGGCAUGGGGCUAGUGCUUGGAGGGCGGAGUCCAGUGGUCCUCACUAGGCACGCGGACGCUUCUUGGGCUGACGACCAGGCUACGCAGCGGUCGUCACAGGGUUACACCUUCAGCCUUGGUUCCGGCUCUGUUUCGUGGCGGGCUACUCGCUCGUCUUCUAUUCUCGGCUCCAGUUGUGAGGCUGAGAUCUACGCCGGGGCCAUGGCUGCACAGGAGCUUCGCUGGCUCACCUACCUGCUGACUGACCUAGGAGAGCCGCCUCGUUCUCCUCCAGUGCUGUACGUAGACAACAAGGCCUUGCUGGCCUUGUGUCGGGAGCAGCGCCUGGAGCACAGAACGAAGCACAUUGCUCUCCGCUACUUUCUUGCUCGUGAGUUGCAGCAGCGUGGUCAGUUGCGACUUGCGUACGUGGCCUCUGAGGUCAACACUGCUGAUGUUUUCACCAAGGCACUUCCGCCUUGUGAUCAUCAGCGCUUCUGCACUCAGCUCGGUCUUGUGCCUGCCUUGCCUCACUUGCUCACCCCUUGA